UAAUUUUAUUCUAUUCAUAUUGCAGACCAGUCUAUGGCUUUAUAUUUCUAUUUAAGUGGAUAGAAGAAAGGCGAUGUCGAAGAAAAGUAGUCGUAGAAGAAAGUUUUGUAGAAGAUGAAGAAAUUGUAAAUUCAAUUUUUUUUGCCCAGCAGAUGGUUCCUAAUUCGUGUGCAACUCAUGCUUUGUUGAGUGUUUUAUUGAAUUGUUCAAAAAUUCAUUUAGGACAGACUUUAACUAGGUUAAAAAAUCAUACUACAAAUAUGAGUCCUGAGAAUAAAGGAUAUGCAAUAGGAAAUACUCCAGAAUUAGCAAGAGCCCAUAACAGUCAUGCAAAGUAUGUAUUUUUUAUGUUUAUACUUUUAAAUUUACAUUUUUACACACAAGAAAAAUUAUAUAAACAUUUUUCACUUUUCUUCUGUAUUAUUAUUUGUAUUUUACUGAAAAUUAUUGAAGAAGAAUUUAUUUUAAUAAGUUGCUUGUUUAUAAAUAUUUCAGGCCCCUGGGCAGAAGGAGAAGAUUGGACAGAAAAAUUUGGAAGAGUUAUUACAGAAAGACUUGGUAUUGCUACUGGAGGUGGUGAAUCAUUCCAUGACGUCAGAUUUAAUCUAAUGGCUGUAGUUCCUGACCGCAGAAUUGCAUAUGAACAGAAACUUCGCAUAUUGAAAACAAAUAGGCAGAUUGUAUUGGAAGCUUUGCAGCAGCUUGUCAAAUUAACUCAUCCUGAACUCACUUCUGAUGACCAUGCCGUAUAUAUGGCUGCAGUGAAGAAGAGCAAAGGAAAAUCUAAUAGUGAUCAACAAAAUACUCAAUCAAAUCAGUUAUUAAGUGGAACUUCCCAAAAAUCUGUAACUUCAAGUCAUAGUACGUCAAUUGCAAAUGCUUCAUUUCCAAAACUUCCACCAGCAUUAGAUAGCCAUAAUUAUGCUAAAAGUCCACUAAUGGAAGGCGUAGAUCCUACUGGAGUUCAACCUAGAUAUGAGGAUUACAGUGGAUCUGAUUAUUCGGAUGAAGAUAGAAAUUCUCCUGGACAUCGUAGAAACAAGCAAAAAAGUACAGGGAAUGGAUCUGUUUUAUCUUCUACGGAGGAAAUACCAGAGCAAAAAACAUCAGAAUCUCAACAAAAUCAGUCAGAAAAUUCUAAUUCACAAUCCUCCAAAGAAGAAUGUGAAAUAGAACAGACAACAAUGGAACCAUUAACGAUAAAUACUUCAACAGAUUUUAUGAAACCUCUCACAAUACAAACAAAAUUCCAACCUUCUCCGACUCCCAGUGCAUCUAGUACUGACACAUCGUCAGAAGCUGGAAGUGCAUUCAAUUCUCCUGUUCGAUCGGUUCAAUAUAAUUUCACUCAAGGUAGCCCAAACUCUGCUGGGAAAAAUGUUAAAGCACUUGAGAAUACUCUGUUGGAAGAUGUUCGUGACAUUAAGAAGUUUGUCGUUAUUAGAGUAACAUCCAGUAAUGGUGUAAGUACAACAGAAGAAACUAAAAUUAGUAAAUCUACAAAUAGUGAAGUUAAAAUUUCUGAAAGUAAACCUGAAUCUCAGCCAUCUGAUGCAAACAAAACUGUUGCAUUAGAUAAUGAAAUCCCACCUAAAAAACCAUGUUUAGAAGAAAGUAAUGUAACAAAUCAAGAGAAAGAUGGUUCUAUAAAAGAUUCUGCAAGCAAUGCUGAUCAUUCAUCUAAUGAUAGUUAUGAAGAGAAAGCAAAUAAUACAGAUAAUAUUUAUACAUCUCUUUCGUCUGACGAAUCAAAGAAUAGCCAUAAAAUAGGGAUUUCGAAACAUCCGCAUCUUGUUGAACCACAUAAAUUUGCUCCUAAGGACUUAUUGGCUCUUUUGAAAACUGUUGAAAGUGAAAUUUCUGUGUGUGAAAGUAAUCUUCGUGAUGAAACCGAGAAGCGAAAGAAGUAUAAAAUUGAUGACUGUCGGAGAACGCAUUGCUACGAUCAAUUUAUUUGCACAUUUUUAUCGAUGUUGGCAGAACAAGGAAAGUUGGCAGAUUUAGUAGAGCAACAGCUUCUGGUGAGGAGGAGACAAGGAGUACAUGUGGGAAGACUUCACAAGACAAAGAAACCGGACAGACGUAGAAAAUCCAGAACCAAAAAGAGAAAAUAAAUUUCAUAUUUUCCAGUUUAUUCAGUAUAUGAUUUAGUUUAGUAGUUUGAUGAGAUUACUUGUAAACCUGUUUCAUAUAAUACAUAUAAAUAUAUGUAAAUAUGGAAUCGUUCAAAACACAUUAUAUCAAAAUUUGUAAAUGUGGUAACUAUGAUGUGUAGAAGUCCGGUAGAGGCUUUUUAAUUUUUAUUUUCUUUUUUAAUCUGAAAUCAUUUCUGUACUUAAUUUUAAACAUUUUUAAUUUCCCAAGCUAUUUUUCCAUUGUAUAUACAAACUCAUUGUAAAUAAGAAUUACUAUAAAUACUAUAAAGUUAAAAAUAGGGAAAACUAUUUCAAAAAAAUCCGAUAUUUUAUGAAAUAUUACAAUAUAUAAAUCUUUACAAAUGCAGGAUUUUAAACAUCCAUAAAACUUUUUACUCUAUGCACAAAAUGAUCCAAACAUCCUGAAGCUUCCAAAAAGUUUCUGUUGUUUUACUAUUUGUUACGUUAAUGAAUCUGUAUGGUUUCAGAAUCUACGAGAGGUAAAAUAUACAGAUUUUUAAUGUAGUUAAAACUUACCUUAAUUAUAAUAAAGUAAGGUAAUUUCUCCAUUGCGUCAAAUUACGUUAAUGUCAACUUUACAAGCAUACUGGUAACUAUGUACGAAAGUAACAGCGAUACACGUUAAUAUUUUAAUCAGUGCGAAGUAAUUGGCAUUUAUUAUAAAUUGAAUCUGAAAGCGGUAAUAGAAAAUAAUUUUCCGCCAUCAUUUCGGAAGUGUUUCUUUGAAAACUGUUGUCCUAUACUUUGUUGAAAUAGGCAGGAGAUGAUGAUGAUUCAGUUUUAAUUUUUUAAAUGUUUUGAUAAUUGACUGUUCAUAAUUAACAUCAGUUUAUAAUUGUAAUUAAUUAUGAAUCGAAGUUAAAUUUUGAGACAAUUUUUUAUACCAAAGUUGAAUUUUUCUUAUCUUUUGUUACAAUUUUUAC